AUUGGUCGGUGAUGUGUCUAUUUACAUCAGCCCCGAACUUCUCCCAGGAACAGCUUGACUCUCGGUUAUGGGCAAGUCAGAAAGUCAGAUGGAUAUAACUGAAAUGAACUCUCCAAAACAGAAGAAAAAACUGCGAUGGAGUGCACUGGAAAUAGGGCUUGCUGUUGUAGCAAUUCUACUUGCUAUUGUGGCCAUCACCAUGAUCAUUCUGUAUGCAACCUAUGAUGAUGGUGUUUGUAAAACGUCUGAGUGUAUACAAUCAGCUUCCCGAAUCAUUGAGAACAUGGAUCGCACUAUAGAACCUUGCAAAAACUUUUAUCAGUAUGCCUGCGGUGGAUGGUUAAAGAAGAACAUCAUCCCGGAAACAAGUUCCCGUUAUAGUAAUUUUGACAUUUUAAGAGAUGAGCUAGAAGUUGUUUUGAAAGAUGUCCUCGAGAAGGAAAACAGUGCAGAUAUAGAAGCUGUUAAAAAAGCAAAAAUGCUUUACAGAUCUUGUAUAAAUGAAUCUGCUAUUGAUAGCAAAGGAGGGCAACCACUAAUCAGCAUCAUGCCAACUUUUUCCGACUGGCCUGUGGCAUCAGACAACUGGGACACUGCUUAUGGUGCCAACUGGGCAGCUGAGAAGUCUAUUGCAGAGCUAAACUCUCAGUAUGGAAAAAGAGUCAUCAUAAACGUCUUUGUCGGUACAGAUGAUAAAAACUCCACGCAACACAUCAUUCAUAUUGAUCAGCCCUCUCUUGGACUGCCUUCCCGUGAUUACUAUGAAUGCACAGGAGUAUACAAAGAGGCAUGUACAGCCUAUGUCGAUUUCAUGAUUUCCGUAGCAAAGCUGAUCCGUCAGGAAAGAGGACUUGCCAUCAACGAGACAGAAAUUUCUAUAGAAAUGAAUAGAAUAAUGGCACUGGAAAAGGAGAUUGCAAACGUUACAACCAAACCUGACGACAGAAAUGACCCACUUCUGAUGUACCACAAAAUGACACUCAGUGAUGUCCAAAAUAAUUUCUCUUUGGACAUCAAUGGCCAGCAAUUCAGUUGGUCAACAUUCAUAAAUAACAUCACGUCAGCGGUGCAAAUUAAUAUUCCAAAUACAGAAUCUGUCAUCGUUUAUGCUCCAGAAUAUCUAACCAAGCUAAAAUCUGUCCUUAAUAAAUACACUGCCAGAGAAAUUCAAAACUACAUGAGUUGGAGAUACAUAAUGGAUUUGGUAAAUAGUCUAAGCCGCAACUACAAGGACACAAGGAAUAAUUUCCGUAAGGUGCUGUAUGGCACAACGUCAGACACCGCCAUUUGGCGCCGUUGUGCAAACUACGUCAAUGGCAACAUGGAGAAUGCUGUGGGAAGACUCUAUGUAACAGAAGCAUUUGCUGGAGACAGUAAACACGUGGUACUAGAUAUGAUUACACAAAUCCGUGAGGUUUUUGUAAAAACACUGGAAGAGCUCAAGUGGAUGGAUGACCAAACCAAAAAGAAAGCUGAAGAAAAGGCUGUAGCAAUCAGAGAAAGAAUCGGCUACCCUGAUGAAAUCAUGACAAACCCUGAUAAGCUGAAUACGGAAUACAAAGAUUUGAUCUACAAAGAAGAAGAAUAUUUUGCAAACAUGAUUGAAAACUUAAAAUUUGGCCAGAAGGAAAGGCUGAAGAAGCUGAGAGAAAAAGUGAAUAAGGAAGAAUGGAUAACUGGAGCAGCUGUGGUCAAUGCCUUUUAUUCACCAAACAGGAAUCAAAUUGUCUUUCCUGCAGGCAUCUUGCAGCCACCUUUCUUUAGCGCCUCCCAGCCUAAAUCCUUGAAUUAUGGCGGCAUUGGCAUGGUCAUUGGCCAUGAAAUCACUCAUGGCUUUGAUGAUAAUGGCAGAAAUUUCAAUCAGAAUGGGGACCUUGUAGACUGGUGGACUCAAAAAUCUGCAGAAGAAUUUAAGAAACAGUCUGAGUGCAUGGUGUACCAGUAUGGAAACUUCACAUGGGAGCUGGCUGGUGGACAACAUCUCAGUGGCGUCAAUACCCUUGGGGAAAAUAUUGCUGAUAACGGUGGCAUUAGACAAGCGUACCGGGCCUAUGAAAACUUUGUAAAAAAGAAUGGAGAAGAGAGACUGCUUCCUGGGCUUGACUUCAACCAUAAGCAGCUGUUCUUUCUGAACUUUGCACAGGUUUGGUGUGGAACAUACAGGCCGGAAUAUGCUGUCAACGCUAUAAAAACAGAUGUCCACAGCCCAGGCAAAUUUAGGGUCCUGGGAACACUGCAGAACACUCCAGAGUUUUCUGAGGCCUUUCAGUGUACUAAUGCAGAAUACAUGGAUCCUGUGAAGAAAUGCCGUGUUUGGUAAUGGAGCAACCAAUGGUGGAAUCCAAGAAGGACAAGCUUUCCAGAAACCUGGAAUGUUUUGAGCGUGUCAGGAGUGAAAUUGCUGCAAAAAAACGAAACAAAAAAUCAACUGCAGGAACCUAUCAAGUGCACUAAAGCAAUGCAUUCUCCAGAAAAGAAAAGAAAAAAGAAAAGAAAAGAAAAGAAAACCUCGAUAGGGCAGCCACUGCCCAAAAUUAUUGGGACUAACCUCGGGAAAAAUCACUGCAUACAUACAUCAGGCUUCUUCAUUUUUCAACUAUGUUCCAGUUUAAUUGUGACUACUUUCCAUUUGGCCCACUGAUUUUGUUUCAUAUUUUUGCCUCUUCAUCAGCAUAUUUUCUUGAAAGUGAAUCCCACUAGUUUUAGUGAAACACCCUAA